GUCCACAAGCGGUUCCACGCCCAUGCGAAGCAUCAAGAAUUCCAAUGAUGGAGAAGGUUUUGACCCAGACGAAGAUUCGACGGAUGAGGCCAAGAAAUCCCCGCAGGGCUAUGACCAGGAUGAAGAUUCCUUGGAUGCCGUCAAAAAGAACGCCAUGCCAAAACUGAAAGGCAAGACAGGAAAGGCAACAGAGAAACCGAAGCUUCCAAAGGCGCCAAAGGCAGUGAAGCCCAAAGAUCCCAAGGAAGACCAAGUUGGCAGAAUAAAAUCUGUGAGUGUUGUAGAGCCUGAGAUGCCGGAGUUUGACACCCUGAGCACUUCCAAGUUGCAGGUCUUGGAGGAAAUCGAUCCCCAGAAGAUCUCCAGGGCUGCCUCCAGUUUUGGUGGCGCCCUGCAGAGGAUCGCCAGGGAUGUGGCGCAGCAGCAGAUCAAAGAGAUGCAGCUGUCGUGCCCCACGGCCAACAUCAACCAGGAGCCUUCAGGCCACCUUCGGCAGGGGGAGGUGGAGUUCUCGGGCCUGGGAACUGGUGGCCACCGAGCUCACUAUAUCAUUGCACCUCCAGAGAUGGAAAAUGCGGAUGAAAUCCUGCGGUGGAUGUUUGUUCGACAGGAAGGGUGGAGAUUGAAGCCUCCAAAUCUCUUGCUGUCUUGCUAUGGCGGAAGAGAUCAUUAUGUGAACUGGGCUCAGUCACCAACCCUCCGAAAUCGAGAUGCAUGGGCAGUUGCCCCUGGCUCACCUGCAGCCGAGAAUCAGCCGGCAAAGCCCUUUCGAAGAGGGGGAAGAGUUUCUGCUGCGGUGCGUGCUCGGCCCAAGCCUAUUGGAGCACGUGAUAGUUCAAUUCGGCCUCAGAUGGACGACUGGCAAUUUAGAAAGAAGUUCACCAGUCGAUUGUCCGAGAUUUCAGCAGGUGUCUGCCAAGCUGUCACUGAGUGCGGCGGAUGGUUUGAUCUGGGAUACGGGCCGAGAGGAGGCUUGAACGAAGUCUUGAUGGAUGGUUUGAAAGUUUAUUGGUCGGCUUUUGGCUGCUUGGCAGGUCACAAGACCGACGCGGUGGUGUUUUGUGCUCGUCUCUUGCAGGAUACUGAGUUCAAGGACCACUUUGAUAAGUGUGCACAGCCUGUGCCCACGGCACGUGAGAAGCAAGGGCCCCUGCAGGACCUCGCAGGUUUGGAUCCCGAUUUCGAAGAUACAGGCAAGAGUGCCAAGAGCCUUACGGGCUUGGAGUUGGAGGUUGAGGAGCAAACUGCGAUCUUUGGCCACAAGAGCCACAAUCUUUGCCAAUGGGAAUGAGGUAUGUUCGAUCCUCCACUUGCGGGGCUCAUCCUGUUGUUCUUUG